GAUAUGCAGUAUCCGCCCAGUUUUGUUGGAGGGCCAUACAUCAGACGUGCAGUGAUCAGGCCGAGCAAGGAUCAAAAAAAGUUUCAUUGAUCACCGAAUUACCGCAUUGUAAUAUACAGCAAACCCGGACUAUAAUGUGAUUUAGAAGGACAGCUGUAUUCUAAGGAUGUUGAUAUAUUUACUGAAAGAAUUGCUGUAGCAGCUUAAACGGGCUUGUUUUUGACAGUUUGGACGUGGAACUCCUAAGCAGAAGGUGAAAAUGACAGAAUAUAAGCUUGUGGUGGUUGGAGCUGGAGGCGUUGGGAAGAGUGCCCUGACAAUACAGCUUAUUCAGAACCAUUUUGUGGAUGAAUAUGACCCUACAAUAGAGGACUCGUACAGAAAACAAGUAGUAAUCGAUGGGGAGACGUGUCUGUUGGACAUUCUCGACACCGCAGGUCAAGAGGAGUACAGUGCAAUGAGAGACCAGUAUAUGAGAACAGGGGAGGGCUUUCUCUGUGUCUUUGCCAUUAAUAAUACUAAAUCAUUUGAAGAUAUACACCACUAUAGGGAGCAGAUAAAACGAGUGAAAGACUCUGAAGAUGUCCCUAUGGUCUUGGUAGGAAACAAAUGUGAUCUUCCAUCCCGAACGGUGGAUACGAAGCAAGCUCAGGACUUGGCUAGAAGUUAUGGAAUUCCUUUCAUAGAGACAUCAGCAAAGACAAGACAGAGAGUGGAGGAUGCCUUUUAUACUCUGGUACGGGAGAUCCGACAGUACCGGUUGAAAAAGCUCAGCAAAGAAGAAAAGACACCUCGCUGUGUGAAGCUUAAAAAAUGUGUUUUAAUGGGUGUGGAUGAUGCCUUUUACACAUUAGUCCGAGAAAUUCGAAAGCACAAAGAGAAGAUGAGCAAAGAUGGCAAAAAGAAGAAAAAGAAGUCGAAGACAAAGUGUAUAAUCAUGUGAAUAGAUGUUUCCCUUUUAAACAAGAACAACCAGCUUUCUUUACAUGUACUGAACUGAAAGUAAUACCUUUGUUUUUGUACAUUACACUAAAUUAUUAGACUUGGUUUUAUUAGCACAACUACUUAUUUUGCUUUGAAUCCUUAGCUAUUGAUGGUUUGCUUGUGUUUUUUCCUUUUUUUGUUUGUUUUAAGAAAUCAAAAUAGGAUUUACUUUCCACUCUUUCUUACUGCCAGCAUUCCUUAAGUGUUGGCCCUGAUCAGUCUCUGUUGGGGCUUUUGGUGCAUGUACUUUUGCUAAAUCUUUUCAUUUUCUUUAAAUGUAUAUUUUUAUUGGUGUAUCAAUAGCAGUAAUCCCUUUUUAUUUUACUUUAAUGUUUUUUAAAUGAGCUUUCUGUAUACUGUGCUGCUUGUUGAAGUUGCUACAAUAAGGGUCUGUUUUGAUCAAGUCUUACUUUACAGGACAUACAAUUGUUAUAGAUUUUGGUAUACAUAUAGAAAACUAAAACUGCUUUUAAAAAAAAUAAAAAUAAAUAAAUAAAGAUUUCCUGAUAUUUCAACUUUAAGCUCAAAUAUUGAUAAACUACACAUUAUAGUUCAUCAAAUGUGCAGUACUAUUGGUGGAUAUUCUAACAUGUUUAUGGAUGGGACUGGAGUUAAUGCAAGUAAAAUCAGAUCAGAUAAUUGUAGGCCAUUUUAGUGACAAGAUUUAAUAAAAUGCUGCACCAUACUGUAAGGGGUAUACUAAACUGAAUCUGAAAUAGAUGUGUUGUAGUUAGAUGUAGGUAUCCUAUUAUCAGAGUGCUAAUGUGUGAAGAUAAUUGUGCAGUGCUAUAGCCCCAAAUAAAGAUAAUGUGAAGGUCAAGUAGCCAGCAGAUUAAUAAAUAAAUAAAUACAUCUUGAAACCAUUGCCAUUUUUCAUGGUUACACUGAUAUUGUGGAAAAGACUGCUCCUUACAUCCUUCUGCAUGGCAUUGUCUCCUAUAGUUUUCAGGCUUUGGUAAUAACGACACCUUUCAUUUGACCUUUUUGCUUGUUUCUUUGGAUGAAGGUUACCUACCCCUUUGGGGGGGAACAUUCAGUUUACUGUAUUGCACCAUUUGGUGUUUAAAAAGCACAGGUGAAAAUACCACACACAACUCAAAAUAGAUUGGAAUACACAGAUUUCAAAUGUAGUUACUUUACAAUGGGGUGGAAUUGGAAGCUGUGAGAAGCACUUACUGUACGAAGCCAAAAAAACCUUGUGCACACUCAAAUUCACAAACACAUUAUAUGGAUAUUACAUGGAUGUAAAACUGUCCAGAAACCAGGCUUUUCUAAGGCUAAACCAUACAAAAAUAAGGGUCUGCAGCUGUAUCGGUAUAAUUUUAAUACGAACUGUCGGAAUUAACAAUAUCUUGUAUUUUUUUUUGUAAUGGCUAUACAAAACGUUCUCUUUUUAGAGUGCCGACUUCUUCCUAGAUUUAUUUCUUAAAUGUAUCGUGUUUACCUGGAAUGUUUUAACAACCUUUGUAUAGUUGUAAUACUGAAAGGUGCAUAUUUUGUACAUUGUGCUUUUUUGGUUUGUUUAUAUGAAUGAUGUUUAAUCUGGUUUUAAUCAUUUUCUUUGUGCAGAUCUGGAAUGUUGGUCAUAUCAAAUGAAAUGAAUGACCACUGUUUAAGAAGUACUUUGUAAUGUUUUUAUAGGAGUAUGUGCUGUGUGGUGAUCUCAAAUUAGUCACUAUAUUUUUGUCAUAAAUUUCACCACUCCUAUUAAUGUAUAAUAAAAAAAAACAGGAAUGGA